AUGGCCGCGCGUGGCCGUCGCUGUCCGUCCCCUGCUGCGGCUCUGCUCCGGCCAAGCCGCCGCACGCCGUCGCUCGCACCCUGCCUCCGCAGCCCCAGCGCCCGCGCGCGCCGCCUCCCCCCUGCGCUCGCCUCCGUCUGCCGCGGCCGGCCGGCGAGCCUCGCCCCGCCGCGCCGGGCUACGGCCUCCGCCGGCACUCCCUCGACUGCCGCUCGCGCCGUCCGCCCGCGGUGGCCUCGCACGCCGUCCGUCCCGCCCCGCAGUCGCGCCUCCCUGCUCGCUGGAACCGCCCCGUGUCUCGAGCUCCCCCGCCCGCGUGCUGUUUCUAAUGCGCGCGUCCGCGACCACCGCUGCCUCCCCGCUGCUCCCUCGCGCCACCACUGCCUGUCGCCCCCUGCGCCGCUUGCGCUCUCGCGUGCCUCGUCCGUGCCGCGGCCCCGCAACCUCGCCCCCGCACGCUCCCAUGGCCGCGCGUGGCCGCCGCUGCCCGUCCCCUACUGCGGCUCUGCUCCGGCCAAGCCGCCGCACGCCGUCGCUCGCACCCCGCCUCCGCAGCCCCAGCGCCCGCGCGCCGCCGCCCCCCUGCGCUCGCCUCCGCCUGCCGCGGCCAGCCGGCGAGCCUCGCCCCGCCGCGCCGGGCUACGGCCUCCGUCGGCGCUCCCUGUUGCCCCGCUCGGGUGCACGGGCGCCCACGCCCGCAGCUCUCACGGCAAAGAGACAAAACAGCGGACGGCAAACCAGAUCCAUACCCACCGCGCGUUAUCUCUUCUCUCCCUCUCUCCCCCUCGCCCGUUAUCUCUUCUCUCCCUCUCUCCCCUCCCCGACGCCCACCAGAUCCGCACCCACCGCCGCCCCCGCCGCUCCUCGCUCCGCCGCCUCCUCUCCUCGCCGGCCGUCUCCGCGGCCUGCCUCCUCUUCGGCCUCGCCGGGUUCCUCGCCGCCGCGGUCUCCCUCUCCCGGGCGCCCGCCGAGGCCCCGUGGGGCCACUGCCCGGACUCCUCGCACCCGCUCUCUGUCUCCGUCGCCUGGGACCGGCGCCCCGGGGAUGCCGCGGGCGGCGCCACCGACCUCCCGGCGGGCCUCGCCACCGGAUCGCGCGGCAGGCACAAGGUCAUGGCCUUCGUCGGGAUCUUCACCGGGUUCGGCUCCGUCGGCCGCCGCCGCGCGCUCAGGCGGACGUGGCUCCCCUCCGAUCGGCAGGGUCUCCUUUUGAAUUGCUGCACUCUUCUCACUACUACUGAUAAAUAGUGAUUAAUUAGUUUCUUUCCUGAGUUCGAAGAAUGAUGCAUGAAGUUGGACAAUCUAUUGUUCUGUACAGGGAAUUUGUACAUUUGCUUCUAGAGUUCUAGUGGUAAACGUGCCCAAGUUCUGUUGCUUGAUGAUUGUCACAACUAUUUUUUAUUUUGGUUUCUAUCCAGUGAUGAUGUCGCUUAAGUGCUCUUGCAAUUCUCAUCAUGUUCACUUUAGUGCAGGUUGGAGGAAGCUACUGGUCUGGCAUUCAGAUUUGUGAUCGGCAAAAGCAAUGACAAGUCUAAGAUGGCAGCUCUUAAAAGAGAGGUUGAAGAAUAUGAUGAUUUUGUGCUUUUAGAUCUUGAGGAGGAGUAUAGCAGGCUUCCAUACAAAACGUUAGCAUUCUUUAAGGCUGCCUAUGCGUUGUUCGAUUCUGAUUUCUAUGUUAAAGCUGAUGAUGACAUUUACUUGAGACCAGGUGAGCAAGAAACUGACAACAUCCAAGAUAUAUGCUCUCGGUGGCUUCGACCAACAUACA